AUGCCCCUCUCACCAACGCCGCUAUCUGGAUGCCCGCUGCGGAUAUUGGAGAUCCAUGGGUCCACUCCAACUGUUUAUGAUGCUGCCCAGUCAGAGCUCGCUUUAACCGCUACCCUGGAAGCUCGGCGUUCGAUGACAGGAGACAAGAACGACUUGAUGCUUCAAGCGCAUUUGGGACUCAGACGCGUCCUAUCGAUCCGGCUUACAGACCUCGUCACUUCAUCAUGCGACACCACUGAGGUUGUUACAAUCGACAAGCCCCGCCAACAGAUGUGCAUCCAGAUUCAUCAGCAGAGACAGAACGUUUUGUUUACCUUUAAGGAGACUCGGGAUUUUAAUAUCGUCGUCUAUACCUUGAAGAAAUUCGGAUUUCGGAUGAAAGAGGGUGUUGCUCCCUUGCCUCACAUUGACAUUGCAAGUCUACCUCGUUCUCAAUCAUCUCCAACGAUUUCAUCUACCAAUUUUGGGCCACGUUUAAGCAGCAUUACCCCGCUGCAACUCCUAGGAAGUUCACAGGUCCAGUCACCGUUCUCUUUUACUUCCAUGCUAAAUUCAGGGGUUCCACUUGCAGAGAUGCAGUCAUUAGACAUACAGCAUCAACAAGUUCACCAGCUUUCACCGCAAGGCCAAUCGCAGCAGCCAACUACGCCCAUGGUUCCAGUAGCACCAUACGCCCCUGAUCGAAAUGCUAAUCAGCUGCAUCUUGGCUACCCAGGAAAUAUGUAUCAGCCACAAGUGGGGUCUCCACUGCGAAAUGUCGUCGAGGUUAAUAGCCAAGACACAUCUCCUAGACCCCCUACACUAAAUAAUCAGCCUAGAGUCUUUCCCAAUGCUACACCAACGGAGUUUCUUUCAAGUUGUCGAUCUAUAUCGGAACCCAAUGCAUUAUCGCAAUCGUGGAAACCUCCAGAAUGCGUGAAUACAAAUCGCUGCGGAUCACCCAACUUCCAACAGAGUCUGCAGGGAAGCCAGGACACAAUAAUUUCUUCAGGGAGCGACUCUCAGGCCACAGACGAAACCGAUAUCUCCUUCUCAUCACAGUCAACGCAAGAUUUCCGUGAACUCAUGCCCCAAACUCGCAAUCUGCCUUUUGUGAAAGACAGCAAAAACAAGCCAUCCAGAACAAAGGCCAUGCAGAAACAGGCAAAUAUAAGGCAAGGCCAGUCCGGGAGCAAUUUUGAUAUGCUAGUGGAGGAAACUGCGCCCUCAAGCUGUAAUGAUGAUAACCCAAAUAUAUCUCAAACCGAUUUGCGACCGAUAUCGUCUCAACCGACAGAUUCACAAGCCAAGGAUGCCUUGGCAUGCCAUUCUCCCUUUGAAGGGGUUCAAUCCGCGUUCUGGAUAUACGUUCAACCUAUAUCAAAGGGAUGUUUGCUCUACACCCGCCGUCCCAAGAUAAGAACAUCUGUUUCCACCACGAGAGCAACAAUGGAGCCUGCAAUUGUCCAGGUCGAUUCUCUGAAGUCGCUCGAAGUCCUUCCAGACUACAUCAAAGACCAUGACCUAACCAACGCGCAGUUUUUCAGAUUCAAUGUUGACAACGGUGAAGGUCCGUUCGCUAUCAUCACGGAAGUGGCCUGUCUUAAGGAUUGCUAUUUCUCGAGGAGGCUGAUCAUCGAAAAGACGAAGCAACCAAAGUGGCCCAAGGCCCGUGCUGGACCUCCUAGUCUAUCUGAUACGGACGUCGCUGAGAUUUUUUAUCUCGUCAAUGAUGAGCUGGCCAGAUACCAGAGCGGUGAUGUAGCCAUCGGGAAUGAACGGGUCACUACUUUUGAGCAUUUUGAGAAGCCUCAGGAGAGAAUGGCUUGGUGCUUGAAGAAGUGUGAGGGUAUGCCAUGGGUCGACAUCAAGACAGAGGCCGAGGUAAAUACAGAGAAGGAUACCUGA